AUGCUAGCAAACCUUCGGGAGGAGCUAGAGGCUCUCAAACAAGCGCUCACCAAAGAGAGAGCUCUACGUGAAACCGUAUCACAAAAUCUCUCAGAAACAUCACAAGCUCUGAAAGAUAAAUCGCGGGCUCUCGAAGAUAUGUCCGAGAGGUGCACGAGGGCGGAGGAGCGAGAGAGGCUGCUGGUGAUAGAGUUGAACAGACAACAAGACCAGAUGGCCAAGCUCGAGAUUUCUCAGGCCACCCAAACAGAUGUGCACUCGAGAGAGAUCGAGAUGCUGAAGGAGACGCAAAAGACGGUCCUGAACCGACUGAACGGCAUCGGGCCGCAUGCCUCCCAAGAUAUCUUCGUGGCUCUUGAUUCUGUCGAGUAUCAAAUCGCAGAUAGUGCUACGAAGCUCCAUGCUACUGAGGCUGUGCUGAACAACGAGGCUGACGACAGGCAUUUAGCCGAGCAACAGCUGAAGCAAGAGCAGAGACGACAUGCAAGGAUAAUCAGGGACAUUGAGAAAGAGAUGAAAGAUCCAUUCGUUGUUCCUGCGUUGCUGUCGGCGUUCGUGAACCUGUCAGAUUUGACAGAGAGGGCGAUCCAAUCAGGAAUUCGGUAA